AUGUUCUUGACCCGCUCCGAGUAUGACCGUGGUGUCAACACCUUCUCGCCUGAAGGUCGCCUCUUCCAAGUCGAAUACGCCAUUGAGGCGGUGAAGCUUGGCUCGACGUCCAUCGGCAUCCGCACCAGCGAAGGUGUUUUGCUCGCGGCCGAGAAGCGCUCGACCAGCAAGUUGAUGGUGAACGACGCAAUUGAGAAGAUCAGCAAGGUCGAUAAGCAUAUCGCCGUCACCUUUGCUGGAUUGAUCGCCGACUCAAGGACGCUAGUCGAAAAGGCGCAGCUUGAAGCACAAAACUUCUGGUUUACUUACAACAGAAAAAUUCGCGUAGAGGAUGUUACUCAGAGCGUGGCGAACCUUGCCCUUCAGUUUGGAGACGACGAUGCAAAGGCGGCCAUGUCUCGUCCAUUUGGUGUGGCCAUGCUUUUUGCGGGAGCUGAUCAGGAUGGCACUCGUCUUUUCCACCUCGACCCCUCCGGCACGUUCAUCGAUUGCUUGGCGAAGGCCAUUGGCGCUGCCAGCGAUGGAGCCGAGCAAAGUUUGAAGGAAAAAUACCACGAGAACAUCACACUUGAUGAGGCCCUGAAGGUUGUGCUUGGCAUCCUGAAACAGGUGAUGGAAGAGAAACUGGCCGCGUCCACCGUCGAAGUAGUUGUCAUCAAGCCAGCCGUUGAUGAGAAAGGACGCAAAAUCGGGGCUUUCGAACGGAUCUCUGACGCCCAGCUGGAGACCGUCAUCAAUUCGCUG